GUAGCUUUAUAGCAAAAAAAACUGAGCCUUCAAAUGAGGAUUUUUUUCCAAGACCCUCUUGAAAUYGCUCUAAAAAUCAAUCCAUUUAUGAACUAAGAGCUGGUCGUCUUCUCAAAUCUGAAGGACGGUGUUUGAAAUCAACAUGCCAAAACCAAAAGGAAGCCAUUCGACAGCAAAGACGAAGACACAGAAGAAUUUACGAAAGAAAACUUCUUUAGCUAAUGGAAAAUCUUCURCUGUGGUUAGAAAAAAGAAAAAGUCAUCAACAGGCGGUACGAGCCCACGAAGCGAUUCAUCAGCUAACAGCGUCAGUCAGGAAGACGCAGGCGCAGGAGUUCCAACAGUSAAAGUCAAUAUGGCGGCUAUUUAUUCGAGGGAACCAAGUUUUGACGAUAACCGGUCCGAUUUAUUUGACGAUGAUGAAGAUAACAGAGGAUUUUUGCGACAUAAUGAGUCAGACGAAGAUACUGAAGAUGCUAGUGAGACUGAUAUGGCCAAACUUGAAGAAGAAUUUACUGAAAUGAAAGAACAAAUGUACCAAGAAAAGCUGAAAGACUACAAGCAACAGCUACACCUGCUGAAUAUGGGAAAGCAUGAAGAAUACAUGAGGCGACUAAAAGAACUUGAAAAAAUCAGAGAUGAACGAUUACUAAUCACAGAAAUUUGCAGGAACUAUGAGUUUGAACUAAUUGAAAAAGAACAUAUCAAGGAAAARAGAGCAGUGCAGGAGGAGUAUGAGCAAAAGAAAAUAGACUUGAAAGAUACUUUGCUUUCUGAGCUACAAGAAAAGAAAAGAACAAUCGAAUCGGAGAGAGUCUCAAUGGAACUAACUGGAGAUUCUGUUGAGAUAAAACCAGCUGUUACAAGAAAGCUGAGACGAAGACCAAAUGACCCUUUACCUGCACCAGAAAAGAGAAGAAAGACUUCUCCUCAGAUCAACUACCUUCUUGACGAAGAUGAUAUAAUGGAGGAUCUACGAGCUCUGAAUAAACUAAUUCCUUCCAGAGAAACAACAAGUUCUCCAGCUCUUUCUCAAGGUAAAAGCAACAGCAGAGUCAAGGGAGGCAACAACAGCAAUCACUCAGAUCAUGGCCAUGCAGACUCUAGGAUAGAUGACGGAAAGUUAUAUUAUGAAAAGAAAUGGUUUCACAAGGGGAAUAGUAUUAUUGUAGAGAAUAGAGAUGGAGCAAAAUACAGUGGGAUAUUGUAUUCAGUGGGUCAAAAUGAGGUUGUUAUAAAGAAAACAGACAACACAAAAACGAAGAUAUAUCUGACAUCUCUUCAAAAAGGCAAAUUUACUCUUAAAAAGAAGAGCAACAGCACAUCAUGAAACACAUUGUAUUAUAGUUUCUAGCUUGUUUUCACCAUGUAUUUAAUGUAAGAUAGACUAAUAAAAUAAGAUACCAUAUACUGUCAAA